AUGUCGACGGCGACUCAACCAUCACCAGCGCUCACAUUUCCCCGCCCAAUCUUCGCCGCUGUCUCUCCUCACCCAUUCCUCCAAGCGCACCUCUCCGCUGAGAAGAAGAAGCCAGUACGCGCGAAUGGCCGCACAUCAAACGAGUACCGUACUCCAGGUAUUAACACCGGAAGUUUGACACAUUGCAAUGGCAGUGCAGUAGUGCGCCUGGGAAAUACGAGCGUGGUUUGCGGUGUACGAACGGAAAUCUUGAAAGAGGCGGAUAUACCAGGCACGUACGAGUACCCUGGGCAGACUGCAGGUCAGGAUUCUGAACAGGACGAGAAUGAUGGCGAAGAAAUAGAAGGAUUGCGGUUAUUAGUGCCCAAUGUCGAGCUAUCGACAGGAAGCACACCCUCGCACAUUCCCGGCAACGCACCCUCUACAUACGCCCAAACACUCAUAACACGCAUACGGUCACUGUUACAUUCAACACGUCUGCUCCGUGCGUCGAAUCUUCGCAUCCUACAUAAGCCGUCUACGAACCCAGAGGAUCCCGAUACAGAAGCGGAGACACAGUUGAAGGGCUAUUGGGUUCUAUACUUGGAUGUCUUCUUCAUCAGCAUCGACGGCAAUGCGUUCGACGCGGCUUGGAUAUCUAUUCUAGCUGCUCUCCGCGACACACUUCUUCCGCACGCCUACUUUGACGAAGAGUACGAGGGCAUACUAUGUUCAGAUGAUCCCAAGGAAGCACGCCGUCUUGCACUACGGGGUCUACCUAUACCCAGCACAUACGCCGUGUUUGAGGGUAGGAGAGAAGAGGAAGACGAGGAGGUUGAUUGGGUGCUCAGCGACCCUGAUGCGUUUGAGGAGGGUGUAUGCAGAGAAAUUGUGACUGUGGUGGUAGACUGUGAUGGUGGAAAGAAGGGAACAAAGGAUUUGGUUAUUCGGCGAGUGGAGAAGAGUGGCGGGGGUGUAGUGGGGAAGGAGGUGAUGGCGAGUUUAGUCAAGAGGAGUAUCGACCGAUGGGGAGCUGUUGAGAAGGUGUUGAGCGGCAAGGCUUGA